ACUUUUCGGAACAACAUAUGUGAACGGGAGACACAACCACACGAAACAAGAAAACAAGACACAAAGGAACAAACAACCCAUUCCACUUCUGCAACAAUCGAGAAACAAUAAAUCUAAAUCUUUUUCAUAUCUUCCCAUACAUUUUUUCAUUCUCUGCACAGAUCCUUCUUUCUUCAUCGCCUUCGAAUUUUCACAAUUUCUUUUUUGCUUUCAUUCUCACACCACUAUUCUAUAAGGUUUGGGGAAGUUAUAAAGAAUCAUCAUGGUUACGAAAGGGAACCCCGGAGACAAUAGAAAUAAUAAGAGUACUAUGUCUGUUUUGAUAGUAGUUGGCUUGUGUGGUUUCUUCUAUAUAUUGGGUUUGUGGCAAAGGAGUGGUUUUGGAAAGGGAGACAGCAUAGCUGUUGAGAUUACUAAACAUACGGAUUGCAGUGUUCUCUCUGAUCUAAACUAUGAGACCCACCAUGAUGAUGAUGCCGGAACACCUGAUAGUUCUGAAGCACAAGUCAAGGAGUUCAAGCCCUGCGAUGAUCGCUACAUUGAUUACACGCCUUGUCAUGAUCAAGCGCGAGCAAUGACAUUUCCCCGAGAAAAUAUGAUGUAUAGAGAAAGGCACUGUCCUCCUGAAGAAGAUAAAUUGUAUUGUCUCAUACCUGCACCUAGAGGAUAUGCAACACCAUUUCCAUGGCCCAAGAGUCGUGACUACGUACCGUAUGCAAAUGCGCCUUACAAGAGCCUGACAGUUGAGAAGGCUGUGCAGAAUUGGAUACAGUAUGAAGGAAAUGUAUUCAGGUUCCCUGGUGGAGGAACACAGUUUCCCCAAGGAGCUGAUGCUUACAUUAAUGAACUUGCAUCUGUUAUUCCAUUGGACAAUGGGAUGGUGAGAACUGCAUUAGAUACUGGCUGUGGGGUUGCUAGUUGGGGUGCAUACCUGUUUAAGAAAAAUGUUAUUUCAAUGUCAAUUGCACCAAGGGACUCUCAUGAAGCGCAAGUUCAAUUUGCUUUGGAAAGAGGUGUUCCAGCAAUCAUUGGUGUUCUUGGAACCAUAAUGCUGCCUUUCCCUUCUGGAGCUUUCGACAUGGCACAUUGUUCUCGCUGCUUGAUUCCUUGGGGUGGAAAUGAUGGUAUGUACAUGAAGGAAGUUGACCGAGUUCUUAGACCGGGUGGUUACUGGAUACUUUCUGGCCCUCCUAUUAACUGGAAGAAUAGCUACCGAGCAUGGCAACGUCCUGAAGAAGAGCUUGAGGAGGAGCAAAAGCAGAUUGAGGAUGUUGCUAAACUUCUUUGCUGGGAAAAGAAAUAUGAGAAGGGUGAAAUUGCAAUCUGGAGAAAAAGAUUAAAUUCUGAUGAAUGCAGUGAACAAGAUACUCAGCCUACAAUGUGUGAAUCCACAAAUUCUGAUGAUGUCUGGUACAAGAAGAUGGAAAAUUGUGUAACUCCAACUAAACCUAGUGGUUCAUGGAAGCCAUUCCCAGAGAGACUCAAUGUGGAUCCUUCCAGAAUUACCAGUGGAUCCAUUCCUGGUGUAUCUGUGAAGGUAUUUGAGGAGGACAACCGAUUAUGGAAGAAGCAUGUGAAUGCCUACAAGCGGAUCAACAAAAUCAUUGACUCAGGGAGGUAUCGUAACAUCAUGGACAUGAAUGCUGGUCUGGGAAGUUUUGCUGCUGCCCUGGAUUCUCCCAAAUUAUGGGUUAUGAAUGUUAUGCCUACAAUUGCUGAGAAAGCUAACCUGGGUGUUAUAUUCGAGCGUGGAUUGAUUGGCAUUUAUCACAAUUGGUGUGAAGCCUUUUCCACAUAUCCAAGGACCUAUGACCUCAUCCAUGCAAAUGGUGUUUUCAGCUUAUACAAGAAUGAGUGUAAUGCAGAAGACAUUCUAUUGGAGAUGGACCGUAUCUUACGGCCAGAAGGAGCAGUAAUAUUCCGAGAUCAAAUGGAUGUGCUAAUGAAGGUGAAAAGAAUUGUGAGAGGAAUGAGAUGGAAUAUCAAAAUGGUGGAUCAUGAGGAUGGUCCACUGGUUUCGGAGAAGGUGUUGUUUGCUGUCAAGCAGUAUUGGGUUGCAGGUGACAACACCACAAGCUCAGAGUGAUGGCACAAGCAGUAUUGAGUUCCAAACAGCUGACAAAAUUAUUCUACUUGUGAUUUUGAUUCAAGAUAUUUCCAACUUAUGUAAGUAGCUUGGGGACCUGAAAUUAUCUGGUGUCUAACAUCAGAGGCGGGCAUAUAUUUAUUUUGUUAAAUGUAGAGUUAGUAGAUGUCCUUAUUUUUUUAUGAUUCAUAAAUCAUAGUCAGCAGAUUUCUUUAUUUGGCUUCUCCCUCUCUUGAGUCACACAUUGGUUCUUUUAAUAACGAAAAAGAAAACAAACUCAGGUCUAAGUGGGAGCUAGGUAGCUUUACAUUUUCACCUUCUUUUUGGUUAGCCAUUGUCUCCUGCUUUAUGAAUGAAUUUUAGGUAUUAUGUGUCUUAUAUUCAUUUUAUAACUUUAAUUAAUUCCAAUAGAU